AUUAACAAUACAGCAAGAUCAACCCAGAACUUAACAAUUUAAGGGAAAUGAACAAAAAUACACAAAUAAGCUGAUUUUUUUUUCAAAGAUAAAAUCUCUUAAAACUUAAUUUUUAAUAAGAGAUACAUGGAUGAAAUAAGAGUGGGAGCAAAAUGCAGCAGCCAUCGACUCACCACCUGUGUAUUUUAUUUCUUUCAGCUGUCACUUGGACUUCCUUAUGUAUUUGCACUGGGGCCACGGAAAUAGCUCCAGAAUGCUUUCCAGAAGGACAUCGUAUUCUCCAUCAUGCCUAUCGCAGCAUCCAUUUUGAUUCUCUGGAAUUACAGGAAAAAGCUAUUCAGGACAUGAUUUGUGAUCAUUCACUUCCACAAGGGUGGUACCGCUUCAUGAUUGAAAAUAAACCUGCAGAAAUGCCAACGAAGUGUAUAGAAAUGAACAAAUGUGGAACCCAGGCCCCAAUCUGGCUAUCCCUUCAAUCAGAUUCUCUCCCACGUCCUGGAGAGAGAAAGGCACUGACUGCCUGUGGAACCUGGCAAUUCUUUUCUGGAAGCACCAAAGACUGUUGCCUCUUCCAAAUCCCCAUCUCAGUUAGACACUGUGGGAAGUUCCUUGUUUAUCUCCUGCAACCAACUGAAGGGUGCAUGGGCUAUUGUGCAGAAGAAUCACAGCUCAACUCUUUUGAUCCCGAAAGAACUGAAUCAGAAGACAUCAUUCAAGGGAAAUUCCAGAUUCCAGCUUUACACCCAGUUGUUACUCCUGAGUUUUGGGGGUCCAAGGUCUACCUAAAAUGCACUUUCAGCAGUCCAACUUCAAAUUGGGCUAUGGGCUAUACAGUGAUCUGGUCACGGCUUUCUACAUCCAAUGUGAAAGAACAGCUUCAUCAUGACACAACUGGACAGAUAUUCUCCUAUGUGGAGAUGGAUGGAAUUAAUUUCAGAUUGGGAGAUACGGUCUUUUGCACUGUCACAGCUUUCAGGUGGGACUCAUCUGAUCAUCACUCUCUCCCCGAGGAAAGCGAUGGAUUCUAUGCUGGAAUCAAGUUUGUACCAGAAUCUUUACAAAUUGCAAAAGAUGGAAAGGAACAUAUUUUGACAAUCUUAAGUACCAUUCCUAUUACAUGUUUGGCCCAGGAUGACAUCUGUAAAAUUACUUUACAGCUAAGCACUCAGAUUUCUGAUAACUUGCUAGAAAGGACACCGAACAUAGCCCUUUCAACAUGCCAUGUGGAUCUGGAACAAAGGCCCUGUAGAGAAGGCAGCUGUGCAAGAGCAACAUUUGCUGUAAGAGCUGUGAAUGACUUUGUAGAAAAUGGAAACUUUAUCAGUUACAUCACAGCCAAGCCAGUUCAGCCAAGUAAAUCUCUGUGGCAUGAUUAUAAGCCCAUGGAUGUCAAGGUCACAGUUCAAGACCUCCCUACAGGUUAUUGCUACUCCUUCACAGAUCCACAUAUAAUCACAUUUGAUGGAUGGCAUUACAAUAACUACAUGGUUGGAACGUUUGUCUUGUACAAGAGCCUUAGCCGUCUGUUUGAGGUGCAUGUACGUCAGUGGGACUGUGCCAGCCACCAUAUCGCCAUCGCCUGUAACUGUGGUGUUGUUGCACUGGAAGAUAAUGAUAUUGUUGUUGUUGACAUGUGCAACAGGCAAUUUCUGGAAACCAAGUCUCAGGUGAUAAUACAAAACAUCAGAGCCUCAUCACAACAAAAUGUCAAAAUCAUGAAGUCCUAUGGAGGAAAAAAAAUCACUAUCUUGUUCCAUUCGGGAGCUUUCGUUCGAGCUGAUCUUAAUGACUGGGGAAUGAGUUUGACAAUAAGGGCACCAAGUAGUGACUUUAACAGAACCAGAGGUUUAUGUGGUACUUUUGACAGAAAUAGUCAGAAUGACUUCCACAGGGCUGAUGGGAGCGCCUUACUUUCUCACCAGAAUAUUACAAUGGAGGAGAAUUUCAUAGAAGCUUGGAGGAUAGCUCCAGGGAUGAGUUUGUUUGACUACAUUCCAUCCUCCUCGAAAUGGCAGAAGACAGAACAUUUCUGUUUAUGUCAGAAGAAGCCUGAACCAUACUUGCAACCUUUAAAUUCUCUGCAUACUUUUUGGAAUCCUGCCCCACAAUCUUUGGAUUGCUAUGAUGAGAAAAUUUAUUACACUUCCAUAAUUCCAUAUCUAGAUGUCACAUCAGAUUAUGUCAUUCACCUUGAAACAGAUCCUUUAUUAAAUGAUGAGCAAAGUGCUUCUAGUAUCUCUAAUCAUUGGGAAGAUCUCCAAAGAGAAAAAAGGCAAAGGUCUUUGGAAUAUUCACCUAUUUCCUCUUUCCAAAGUCCAACUGACUUUGAAAGUUUUUCAUAUUUUUUCCCAGAAGAUUAUUUUGAAGGGAAGUGGCCUAAAAUUGAGACUACAUGGCCAACUCCAAAUGGCCUGACCUCAGCUGAAGCCUUAAAACAUUGCAAGACAUUGCUUGAAAAUUCUACCAUUGGCUCAGCUUGCAAAGGGUUUCUUGGCAUUCAACUCAAUGUGGCCAUUGAAAUGUGUCUUUCAGAUGUGCAGAUUAAGGAUGAUCUCAAAUGGGGGGAAUUACUUAUUCCAUUUUUGGAAAAUGUCUGUGAAAAAAAGAUCCUUUUAGAAAAUGUAACUGAAUAUUUUCAUUCAACAUAUGAGAUACCUGCUGUCCAUCACAAAAUUAUUACAGCACUGAGAUGUCCCAAUCUCUGUAAUGGCCAUGGACAAUGCACUAUAAGGGGGUGUCAGUGUUUUGAAGGCUACAGCUCCUAUGACUGUAGGAUUGCCAAAGAGCAUUCUGUGGAGAUUACCAGUCUACUCAAUGAAGGCUUCUGUGAUGUAAGAUUUUCCAACUGUAGCAACAUCCAAGUGUAUGGAGUUGGUUUUAAUGAUUCUCCUGAUCUUCACUGUGAAGUCACCAGACUGACUUAUCGCAGUGGUGAAUGGAUAGCCAGAGAACAUGAAAUCACAAAAGCAACAUUUUUGAAUCUGACAGUGGUUGAAUGUUCAAUCCCUCUUCUGAACUUCACAGGAACAGAAAAUCUUCAUUUCAAGAUGGAUAUUGAACCAUAUGCAAGAUGGCAAGUGAAAAUUUCUAAUGAUGGAUUCCGGUACAGCAAUUCAAAAGUUCUGACCUUGUAUGAUGGACUCUGCCAGGAUUGCAAAUUCCAUCAAAAUGGGCUUUGCAAAUUAAAGGAAAAUAUGUGCAAAAUAGAUGGCUUGUGCUAUGCAAAGGGUGAUCUCAGUCUCACCAGCUCUUGUCUUUUUUGUGAGCCAUCAAUUUCCAAAUUUACUUGGUCUAUCAAUGAAAACAACCUGCCACCUGUGUUUCUGGCCCCAUCCAAUCAGCUUCUAACAUUUGCAGGGGAAACUUUUGUUUAUCAGUUGCAAGCAGUAGAUCCUGAGAGAUCAGCCCUGCUUUUUACUUUAGAAACUGGACCUCCAGAAGCCUCCCUCUCUCCUGCUGGCCUUUUCAUCUGGCAGGUCCAUUCUGGAGAAGAGAAGAGUUUUGAAUUCACGGUAUCUGAUGAAUGCAAUGCACAAAGCAGACAUUCAGUGCAGAUUUCAGUGAAGCCUUGUGGCUGCUUGAAUGGUGGAACUUGCAUCACCAACAUUAACUUCCCUCCUGGUGUUGGGGAAUAUCUAUGUAUAUGUCCCAGUGAAUUUGAAGGGGACCAUUGCCAAAACAGCUAUAAUCAUUGUGAAUCAAAUCCAUGUGGUAUUGGUUCUUGUAGUGGUGGAGUAGAGAGCUACGAGUGCAAAUGUCCAGCAGGUUGGAAAGGGCAUACUUGUCAAGAGGAUAUAAAUGAAUGUGAAGCAAAUGCUUGCUUUCCUGAGGUCUCUUGCACAAAUACUAUGGGGUCUUUUGAAUGUGGCAGCUGCCCUAUUGGGAUGAAAGGUGAUGGUAGAAAUUGCAAGUCUGAAGACUUUGCUGACAGAAUAGAAGCUUUCAUUACUGAUCAUCAUAAUAUCAAAGGUGAAUGGAAAACAAGUGAAAGUAAACAGCUUGAGAAAGGCCAAGAAGCAAGGACUUUGUCAGCAAUUAAGUAUGUUAAUACCAGCAAGGUCCAUGCAAUGGUCUUGGAUGUUCCUUCAGGUCAUGCAGGAGUCCUACCAUCUCUUACUAACUGUGCUAAUAGACCUUGUUUUCCUGGAGUGCUGUGUGUUGACCGCAAACCUCCAAAGACUGGAUACUUCUGUGGCCGAUGUCCAAUAGGUCUAUAUGGGAAUGGACGAAUCUGCACAAAAGCAUCUAGACCAG